AUGGUAACCACAAGAUCUCAGGAGAAAGGCUUGUCAACGCCAGUCUCCGCAAGCAAGGUUCAAGUCAUUGUACCAACGACAACACAAUCAACGCCAAGACCUACAGAUUCACCAUCCACCACUCGCAAAACGCGCUCAUCACCUCGGCAAAGCGACUCAACAAAGAGACCUGUCAGCACCAUGGGCACAUCCGCGAGCAAAGCUAAAUCGAAUAGCGAUGUUGAUGGAUUUCUCGUCCAAGAACGCAAUGAAGACAGUGAGCAUGCGGUCAGCGAUUCGGCUCAAGAACUGGCACAGCGAAGCCCAACGCUACUCCCAGAGCGCCCAACGACACAUUCCCGGGCAGAUAUGCUAGAAGCCUCCAACGCCUUCAACGAUAUAGUUGCUCCGGGUCCGCCAGUCGAUCCAACCGAAAAGGAAAGCCUGAACUUGCCAGAGAGACUUAAAUUUUCACCACCAAGGUCUACGGCCGUUCCUUUGAACACGCACAAGCGCUUUCGAUCCGAGGAACCGGCGAAUCAAGUUGCAUUCAACAAUGAGCAUGACAAAGGGCCCUUUUCCUCUACGAUAGAGCCUGUUACGACAACGUCAGCGUCGGAUGAAAGCGACGAUACCCCGGAAGUCGUGAGUAUUGUUUUGAAAAAGUCCACCGACCGAUUGGCCCACGGCCACAAGAGGCGGCGCCUCGAAGAGGGUUCCUCCGGAGGACUGCACUCGCCAAAAAUUGACCGACCUGCUGAUACUUCCCCUUCUGAGAAGGAGACUUUUCUCAAAGAAACGCUCAGAGAUACUGCUGGUGAGCCAUCCACAUUAGAGCAGUCUAAAGAGUCUGGGGGUCAGAAGCUCGUUGAUGGAGAUGAUCUGGACCCUAUUGUUCUCGAAUCGAGUCCCAAUGCUUCAGAGCUGAUCCCGACCAAGAUGGAUGGAAAGGAUAUCACUUUCCAAGGUGAUUUCGCGCCCGUGGACGACGCAGGUUCCAACCCACUUCCCGGUGACGUGAUACCUUCUCUGUCUGGAAAAGAUGCAACGCUGGAUCCAGUGAUAGCCCAAACAGGCUUCAAGGUGCCUUACUUUGCAAAGCACGAAGCUAAGAUUGCUGAGCUGAGUGCCGAGUCUGUCGACAGACUCAACACAUCUGCGCUCGAUGAUGCCGAAAGCGGAUCACACACUGAAGCCGGAUCAGCCACGUUGACUAAUAAUUCGUUUGUAACUGUCCCAGAAAACCAACCCAUGAAAUCCCAUGGCGAAACAUGUUCAGAUGCCAAGGAUCAGACGACCUUGACAGAGACAGCGUCUUUUCCCUCAACAGUCCAGGAAUCCUCUCCGAAGCACAUGGCAGUCCGCCAAGCGCGGCCAAGCAAAGCCGUGCCCCAGGCAGUACAGAAGGCGACGUCUCUCCAGGACUUCAGGAAGCGGCUGCUGGACCGAAAUCCGAGAACAAAUGUGUGGGGUCCCCCAGGAUUUCGAAAGACGCGAUUUGUCGGUGCUUGA